UCAGCAAUAAGGAGGAUCGCAAAGAGACUUCGGGAUCAGACUGGGCCAGAAGGAGUGCAGAUAGAUCCUCGAUUGCAGUCGGAUCUGAGACAACCCUCGCCACACUUUGUGCUCUUAUGGCUUGCGGUCUCAAAGAUGAGUUGCUCUGCUCUAUCUGCCUCAGCAUCUACCAGGACCCGGUGAGCUUUGGUUGUGAGCAUUAUUUCUGUAGGAAGUGUAUCACUGAACAUUGGAACAGACAGGACCACAGCUCCAGGGACUGUCCCGAGUGCAGGAGGACCUUCAGAGACCCCUUGCUCUCCCCCAGCCUCAAGCUGUCUAAUAUCGUGGAGAGGUACAGCGCUUUCCCCCUGGACGCCAUCCUGCAAGCCCAGAGGAACUCCUUCCCCUGUAAGGACCACGACAAAGUCAAGCUGUUCUGCUUGAACGAUAAAUGCCUGGUGUGUUUCUUUUGCGAUGAGCCUGCACUGCACGAACAGCACCAUGUCACCAACAUCGAGGAAUCCUUUGAAGAAAUCCAGAGGGAACUGAAGGAUCAAUACGAGGUUUUGCAGGACAGUGAGCAUAGACAUGUGAAGGCUCUGCAACUACUCAAACGGCAGCUCUCGGAGACAAAGUCUUCUGCGAAGAGUCUUCGAGCAACCAUUGCAGAAGCCUUUGACCGUCUGCACCGUUUCUUGAAGGAGAAACAGAAGUCAAUGCUGGAAGAGUUGGAGACCGACACAGCCCGCACCCUGAAUGACAUUGAACAGAAGAUCCAGAGAUACAGCCACCAAUUGCGUGAGGUGCAGGAAGGGAUGCAGAUCCUGCAGGAGAAGCUUGUUGAAGCAGACAAGCUAAUCUUCUUAGAAGGAAUCAACACAACUUUGGAGAGGUUAAAGGGAAAGAUCCAUGAGACCAAUUUAACCUAUGAGGACUUUCCAACCUCCAAGUACAUGGGCCCCCUGCAGUACACCAUCUGGAAAUCCUUGUUUCAGGACAUUCAGCCAGUGCCAGCGGCCCUGACGCUGGAUCCGAUAACGGCCCACCAGCGCCUCAUCCUCUCCGACGACUGCACCAUCGUGGCUUACGGGAACCUCCACCCGCAGCCAUUGCAAGACUCACCCAAGCGCUUCGACGUCGAGGUGUCCGUGCUGGGUUCAGACGGCUUCGACAGCGGCGCCCACUACUGGGAGGUGAUGGUGUCCGAGAAAACGCAGUGGAUGAUUGGGGUGGCGCUGGAGUCCGUUAACCGGAAAGGGAGCAUCCAGAUCCAACCUUCCAGAGGCUUCUAUUGCAUCGUGAUGCAUGAUGGGAACCAGUACAGCGCCUGCACCGAGCCCUGGACCCGGCUGAACGUCAAGUCCAAGUUGGAGAAAGUCGGCGUCUAUUUUGACUACGACAAAGGCCUCCUGACCUUCUACAAUGCUGAUGACAUGUCCUGGCUUUACACUUUCCGGGAGAAAUUCACCGGGAAGUUUUUCCCUUACUUUAGCCCGGGGCAGAGUCACGCCAAUGGGAAAAACGUUCAGCCAUUGCGAAUCAACACCGUCCGGAUCUAAACAAAAAAAUGCCAGGAGAUUUUCUGGAUGAAAUCAGAGCUCCCUUCUUGAUUCUUUUCUCUCAUCCAUCCCACUUCCCCUGGUUUUAAUUUAUGACUGAGCCCACCAUUUGUCUUCUCAGCCUCUGGUCAUCGUGGAUCAUGGCAGAAACUGUCAAGAGAGCACAGGAGUGCCACUUGCUGUCCGUGUUUAUCACCGCACCAUUGACAACAGCCCUCCUGGGACGAGCAUCAUUAUAGGCCCAUGGAGCCUCUCCCUGUAACCUCUUUACCCACUUUCUCCCAAGCUAAUUGGGAAAUAUCAAGUACCAAUUCUCUCUCCUUCCUUAGAAUGACAAGCUAGUGAUCAGAAACUUAUUGGGAUGGGCAGAAGUGCUCAUUUCUUUCCACUGCAUUGUGCCCCCUCAUUUGAUUUUAUGUUUGAGUAGUUAUGUAUUUUUUUUCUUUCUCUCUCUCACUAUUUCCCCUGCAUCACUCCUGCCUUUUGCACCCAUGUCUUUGCCCCAUUUCUCACUAUUGUUCCCCAUUUAUCUCACCGUCUAUCACUGCCUUCUGCUGCAACUUUCUCUCUGUCUCCCUGCUCCAUCUUUCUCACUGUCUCCCCCACCCUUCUCUCUGUCUUUUCUACAUCUCUUUCAAUCUUCCCUCCAUCUCUCUCUCUGUCUCCCCUCCAUCACUCCCUCUGCCUCCUCAACAUCUCUCUUUCUGUCUUUCCCCAUCUCUGUCUGGUCUCUGUCUCACCUCCUUCCCUUUGUCUCUGUCUCCUCUCAUCUUUCUCUUUGUCUGUGUCUUCUAACCCUUUCUGUCUGUACUCCCCAUCUAUCUCCUCUUCCGUCUCCCUACUUUUUUGUCUCUCUGUCUCUGUCUCCUUCUCUCUUUCUUUCUGUCUCCUUUUCCGUCACUCUGCCUCUGGCACUCCCCACCCCACCUCUUCACUACACUUUUCUCUGUCUCUCCCCUCUGCUCCUAUCUCCCUGUUUCUGUGUCUGUCUUUUUCUAUCCUGCUCCAUUCCUAUUGGGCACAGUGCUUGAAACUUGUCACAUUUCGAUUGAACAGCCCAGUCACCAGCAUGAAGUAAAACGGUGGAGUUUUAUGCAGAAAGUGCAGCAGAUGGCUUUUGCUAAGAGUCUGUUUUGAAUGCCUGUGUGUGUGUGUGUGUGAGAGAGAGAGAGAGAGUGUGAGUGUGUGCCCGUGUGUGUGAGUAUGUGUGUUUCUUUGUGCUUCCUUCCAGAUUAGCUGUCUAUGCCAGGGUGCAUCAGUGAGAGACUAAAAUGACACAAAUUGAUGGCAAAGCAAUCAAAGGCGAAACAGACUCUAAACUGAUUUGGGAAAUUUCAGCUGAACUGAGAAAUAAAAGUUGUGAACCACCAAACCUGGGAGGGCAUUUCACAAUGACCACAGCAUCUCGGCACAUGGAUUAGGGGAUGAUUUUGGACUCUCUUUCUCUUGUUUUCCGUUGAUUAUUUUUGAAUAAGGAUUUUGGUUGAUGGACGAAGCAGUGAAGGAAAGGGGCCAUGGCUUCUGGGGAACAUUUGUAAAUAGGCUUUGGGAUACUGCUUCAAUAACGGUUCAGUGUGUCUUCAAUGAAACCAAAAUUAUUUAUUUUGAUUAGGGAUUAGGUAGUGAAUGCAGACUGUUCUUAUCUGCCAGGAAUUAUUUUAGACUGCAGUUUUAAUGCUGACAUGAAGCACUUAGCUUGUGCUGGAAGAGCUUUGGAGUCAGCUCGGGCCCUGACUCUGGACUUUCAGACUGUAACAAUUGACUUGCAGCAGAAUCUUGUCACAAAUGUGCACCCUCAGACUGGGUUCAAAUUCGACUGGGCCUCAGAUGGGGUGAAAGUCUUUUUUCCCUCUGCGAGUUGUUUUGACUAGUCUUUUGGUCCACUUCUUCAAUUGGAUGUGGUUAGAAAUUGCUGAUUCCUGAGAUGGUGCGAAUGUGGUACUUGGGCCAAGGGUUUUGACAGGAAUGGGGCACCGAAACUUGCACAAACGCAGCAGGGAAGCUGUCUGAAGUUGGGACAGAGCCAAGGUGCCUUCAACACGUGCAGCUCCUGCCCUGGGGGGUGGGGGGAGGGGGUGUGGUGUGCUGGUCCUGUAAAACAGACCGCGCUUUGUCCCCUCUCCCCUUCAGCACUGACAUCAUCCACCAUAAGCAUUUAUUUAGAGAAAGAAAAUGGUGCGAUGUUUUGUAGUUGUUAUGGAGACUGUGGAAUGGAGUUUGCAGGGUUAGGACAGAACAAGACUUGCCACUUGGCUCACUACAUGAAAUCGCUGCAACAAGCCAACUCCUUUCAGUCCUGCUGGUGUGCUUUUUGUCUUUGCACCAUGCCAUAUUUCUGCAUGAAAUUUUCCUAAGUCAAAAGUCAAGAAUAGACAUUUGCUGCCUUGGGAGAAGUUCUCUCCAUCAUCUAUUCAAAAGAAAUAAUAUUUAACCACUUCCAACCCCUGGCCAGUCCUUUUCUGGCCAAUUCUAUAGAGGAGAUGAUGGUGUAGUGGUAUUAUUACUGGACAGUUAAUCCAGAGACCCAGGUAAUGUUGUGGGGACCUGGGUUCAAGUCCUGCCAUAGCAAAUGGUGGAAUUUGAAUUCAAUUUAAAAAAAAACUGGAUCAAGAGUCUAAUAAAGACCAUAAAUUGAUUGUUGGAAAAACCCAUCUGGUUCACUUUUUCCCCUUUAGGGAAGGAAACUGCUAUUGUUACCUGGCCUGGCUUACAUGUGAAUCCAGACCCACAGCAAUGUAGUUGACUCUGUACUGCUCUCCAGGCAAUUAGGGAUGGGCAAUAAAUGCUGGCCUAGCCAGUGACGCCCUCAUCCAAUGAAUGAAUUUUAAAAAAAAUUGUUCCCCUCCUCCAGGAGCGUAUUUCUAGUUGGGGAGUGUUGCACAGACUCUAAGCCCAGUCCACUUCCUUGUGACACCCACAGGCGUGAGCUCUGGCAGCGGGUAGUGGGUAAUUUAACUGCGGAAGGCUUCACUUUCUAUCCUUGCCCAAUUGCAGCAGAGGUUAUUGGAUAGUCACAUGAUAGAGGUACCGUGGGCUGUUCCUUUUGGUUUUCUCCCCCUAACCCCUGGGCUCACAGAAACCUAUCGAGAGUAAAAGUUUCACAUUCAGCACAGCAAGAGAUUAGCUCUGAGACCUUUCUGGUUGGUUUGGUUCAGUCUUCUAAUGAACAAACUGACUGAACCAUUGGGAAAAACGUGCUGUCAAGUUUUGUUUUAACCAAUUUAACAGUCGGACUUUGUUCUUGUAACAUGGGGUUACCAUGAUUUAUUAGGCCCACCAUUCACCUUCCCUUUUUCACUUGAGUAUUUAUUUUUAAAAGGUACAAUUAUACAUUUUAUUGCUUUGACUUCCACAAUGCUGGCUCAAAGGAAGCUGGAACAUAAAAUGGUAGCUGCUAUGUGACAUUAAAUUGACUUUUUCUUGGAGUUAUGUUUAAUUUUAAAUGCUCUGAUUUGUCCUGCUGUAUCCAGUGAUUACACUUCCUCAAUCCCACAAUAAUGAGUCCCAGCAUGUUGCAGUUCCAGUGUGAUGUGAAAUCGCUGCUUCGUGCGGGGAGUGCCUCAUGUUCUCUGUGUUGGUACAGAGGCUGUCUUCAAUCAGAUGUGCCACGUACAGGCAGCAGAACCGAAGAGAAGCAGCUGGAGAUGUAGCUAAUGAUGUGUCAACUCCUUUUAAGUGUUACACUCUGAGGACAAUUCAGGGUUCAUUAAUCUGAAGACUGUUUCACUGAUGCGAGGUGGAUUUUCCUACUGAUGAACAUCUCCUCAUUUUUAGAGCUGGCAAAGCAUGUUUCACUGCUAAUUUCACCUGAUUGUCUUUGGACUACAGUUCAGGGCAAAAUGAUAUCAAAACCUGAGAAUCUGAGAGCCUUUCCAUAUUGGAUGCUGACCCUUUUCCCGUAGUUUAAGCCCACUAGCCUGUUCAUCGAAUUUUGAAACUUGGCUAACUUUGUAAUGCCUGACGAUACAUAUCUUAUUUUCACUUGUCCCUUGAAUGGUUUUGGUUCCUUGCUGCCUUUUUCAAUGGGUGCCUGUUGCAAUCCAGUACCUCGCCCAAUGUUCUGUGAACCCAGAAGAUGAGUGCCAGGAGGCUAUGAAGAUUGCAGGGUGCAUUGCAAAUGGACCUUGGACCUGUUUCCAGAUAAACUUCAUAUAUACAUAUAUACACUUAACCAAAAGGAAACAUCAUCCACUGAUCAGACCAAUAAUGGGGAGGCAAUAAUCUAGUGGCAUUAUCACUGGAAUAUUAAUCCAGAGAAUCAAGUAAUGUCCUGGGGACCUGGAUUCAAAUCCCACCAAUGGCAGGUUGUGGAAUCUGAAUUCAAUAAAUGUCCAAAACCAGGAGUCAAAUAUUAACCAUGAGACCAUUGUCUAUACUGGGGAGAAACCUAACUGGGCCACUAAUGCUCUUUAGGGAAGGAAACUGCCACCCUUACCUGGUCUGGACCACAUUUGACUCCACACACAUACAAUAUAGUUGACUCUUAUUUGCCCUCUGGGCAAUUAGGUUGGGCCAUAAAUGCUCAUCUAAACAGCGACGCCCACAUCUUGACAAUGAGUAAAAAGAAAAUCCUGAGUGAGGAAUUUCUCUUAUCUCACUGCCACCUUCUCUUCCCUCAGCUUGCUGCACUGAACCUUAAUGUCCUAUCAAUGAACUAAGCACAAACCAGAAAUUGAAUCCUGCAACUUUCAGACUCUCUGGCUUGGUCCUCCUCUGGGUGAUGCCAUCGUUUGAUGGAGCAAAGGCAGUUCUUGUUCUAGACCCCAUCUGAACCAAACAGCUCUUCAAUCGAAUUAAAGAGAAACAUUUUAUGUUCAUUGAGGCUUGCUGAAGAACAGUCAAAGACAACAAAAUCAUGUCCAUGAGUAGAAAUCAUCUUAAGUAACACCACAAAAUGGGCAGUUUGGGUGGUUAAAGCAACCCUUUAAAGCACCUUUAAUUGGAGUGCAAGAAUUUCUUAAAUUGAUGCGUUAUUUUAUUACCGUCAUUAAUAGUGGCUUAAUGAGAAUAUGUGCUUUUGCACAGUGGGGAGCUAGGUUCUGGAAUGGACUGCCUGAGAGUGGGGUGGAAGCAGGUUCUAUCAUGGCCUUUACAAGAGGAUUGGCUUAUUACCAGAGAAGAAUGAAUGUGCAGGACAGCAGGGAGAAAGUGGGGAGAUGGGGCACUGAUGGAACUGGUCCCUCAGAGUGUCUGCAUGGACAAGAUGGGUUGAAAAAGUGCUGCUGUGCUGAGAUUCUACUCUAGGAUUUGUCAACUGCAGACUUCUCGGAAUAUUCUGUCUUGCAGCCCUGACUGGUUAUGAAAGCUUGCGUGUAAAAAAAACUGGAACUGGGUGUGAUGAGCCUAUUCAGUCACUUUGGGACAAGCAGCCCUGGGACAAGCUGAUUGAAGCAUUCAAAAAUCAGUGACCUUUUGAUAUUUGUGACGUUGAGAGCUCUCUGCUGGAAUGAAAGCAAAUGAAAUGUUUCAGAAAGUUCCCAUUCCACCCAAAUGACUUAUAAAAUUUGGGGUUCGCACUCUCCCGCAGACCAUGUGAAAUCUAAGCAUUGCAUUAAUGUGUCCUAAUGGUGCAUGGUUCACAUUGUUGUGAAGUUGGAUACCAUGCUACCUCACAUCAAUACAACCUAUGUAACCAUCCUAUCCAAGAGAUAUCCAUUCAAAGGUCCUUUCUUUUCACGAACUUUGUAUUAAAAAAAAUCUUUGGGCCCAUAAAAUAUUAAGCCGGCCUCAAGGACUUCUGAAAGUUUUCAAGUUGGUUCUGGUGGGAUUGUUGGGCAGUGGGAGAUGUUUAGUAGGAAUCCUGCCAUGUUGGUUUCAAACCUCCAAAAUGUAACAUGCAUAAUUUGUUUCUUCCUUGAUUACAUCUUUAAUAAAAUUGUGGGAUGCUGCUUA